AUGUCUCAGUUUGGGAGAGAUUUAGAUAAUUUCAGCGCAUGUCGGACUGUACGCAUAAUCGGUUCAGAAUGUGUGGAAAACUACACAGUGUACAUAAUAGAAGUGACUAUUGGACCAUACACAUGGACAGUCAAACAUCGAUAUAGCGAUUUCCAUGAUUUGCACGAUAAGCUUGUUUCGACAUUUAAAAUUGACAAGAGUCUGCUUCCGCCCAAAAAGUUAUUUGGAAACCAAUCAGAGGCUUUUAUUAAAAAGCGACAAAAUGAUCUUGAAGUUUACCUGCAGACAAUAUUGUACUAUUUGGCACAGAAAAUACCUCCUAUCUUAGCAUACUUCCUGGAUUUUCAUAAAUAUGAAAUCCAUGGAAUUACCCAAGCCCUUGCUGAAGAUUUGUACAACAGAGGUGAAUUGAUUCUUCAAGCUAAAGAACCAUUCCAAAUGACAACUCUUCACCUUUAUGCUCUGACAGAAAGAUUGAAACUUCCUGAACCUACCUGUGGAUUCACUCUUCUUUUUCCAGAUAGUGGUGAUGUAAAGAAAGACAUUGGUCAUAUUCUUGACUUCAUCACACGCCUAAAGCACCUCAAGAUCUGUGGUAGCCGUGAUCCUGUUGGAAGCAGCAACAUUGACAUGAAUGAGUUGCGCUUUGAUCUGACAUUAUUUAAAUCCUUGCAAACACUUGAGAUUUUGAAUUGUAAUUCGAUGCUAAUCACUGGGUUUGAAACCAUCAAACAGACAUUACAGAAAAUUGAAGCUCACCAUUCCAUGAAGGAAAUUAAAGAUUUACUUCUCCAAGAAUUCUCUCAUUGGCGAGAUGAAGAUGGGACAUUAAUUGUUGCUUUCUGGAACCAUAUAAUAGAAGCAGACUUAGGCCAUAACAAUAUUAAGAGCAUUGACGAGAGUGUGCAAUUGCUUCCGAGAGUGGAACAUUUAGACCUCAGUCAUAACCAAAUUGAGACCAUCCAAAACCUUCAGUGGCUGAGUCAGCUCACUUUUCUUGACCUGUCCCACAAUAACAUCCACCAGCUGGACUCUUUGCAUACUAAACUUGGUAACUUGAAAACUUUAAAUUUGGCUGGCAACAGAAUCAGACACUUGCAAGGUUUGUCAAAGUUAUUUUCAUUGGUCAAUCUGGAUAUCAGCAACAAUGACAUCUCAGAGAUCAAUGAAGUCAAACAUAUCAGUGGACUGCCUUGUAUGGAAAAGCUUUCUUUGAUUGGCAAUUCUGUUACAAUUGUGUUAGAUUAUCGGACUAAAGUUCUGGCCAUGUUUUCAGAAAGGGCAAAUGAGAUCUACCUGGACAACAUGAAGCCUUCCCAGAAGGAAUUGGAUACUGUGGCUGUGGUUUUAGCAUUGCAAAAAUCUAAAGAAAACAAAGAGAAACUUCGAAAGAUGUUGCCAAAUAAACAUGCUUCUGAUAUGGACUGUGCUAGUAGAGAUUCCAGUCCACGGAAUCCCACCCUGAUUACAGCUCCACUCAGUUCAACAAUAACCACCUCCUCCUCCUCCUCCACUCCUCCAGUGGCCAGUUCCCCACCUGUUGGUCUGGUGUUGCCAUCAUCAGGGACCAAUGCAACUGAGACCGGGGGAGACUCCCUACCAACACCUCCUCUGCCAGGAUUAGGCCAGGAUAAAGAAAUUGCACGGAAACGAACACUUCUCUCUAUUGCUGAACACUCUAGUCUUUUAGCUAACAGUCUUUCUCAGUACCAGAGACUUGCAGUAGCCAAAACUGAAGACAAGGAGGAGGCAGUAGCGAACAAUCAACACAUCAGACAAUCUUCCAAUGAUACAAUGACAGAGACUUGUACAGGCAAAUCAAAUACAAAUGAUCAGUGUCACCAUGUUGACAACUCAGUAGUAGAGAGCAGUCAGCUUGUUUCGACUAACCAUUUCUUGCCAAGUGACCAGCAAACAAAUGAUUUCUUGCCAACUGACCAGCCCUUGUCAUGUGUACAGAAAACUGACCAAGAACCCUUGAAAAUAGACCAAUCAUUACAGGCUUCCCCCAAAUCUGAUUGCGGUUUUUUAUCAGGUUUCUCCCAAAACUCUGAUAAAAAGCAUCAAUAUCGUCCUAAAGACCUUCAUCAGAAAGCUAGCAACUUUGUGUACAAAUAUGAACACUUACCUUCCACUAUGAACCGGAAUUUUUGCCACAGCCUCAUUUCUAAUCUGAUUGGUUCAACGAGUUCUGGCAGCGAGUGUGUUGAGCAAUUAUUUUGGAGCUACUCCCUUCAGUACACCCACCCAAAUUUAAUCAACCCUGCCUGUGUUGUCCUCACCCAGAAACAUAUCUUCAUUGAACAUCUGCAUGGCUACAGCACCAGUUUCCCGGGUGUUCCAAACACCCUCACUUACUACAUUCUUCCCCUGUGCAACAUCCAACAGGUAUUGGUCAGUUGUAAUUUCAUUCAACUGGAAGAGUCUUUUGUUGGUCCCACUGGUAUUUUCUUGCUUUAUGGCUUAGAGUCGUUGCAGGUGAGAAAGUUUUCUGAUGCACUUGUCAGGUGUUACAGGGACAACCGGCAAGAACAUGGUGAACCUGAAAUAAUUCAUGCAACCAGCCAGCAACGACUGUUAAGCGUCAUUGAAGAGGCUGAACAAAAGCAAGGAUUUUACUCGGUAGAUAUCAGCUUCACUGCACUCGUUAUAUCAGAUAGUCGUUUUUGCACUCUUGCAUUGACCGAAAAUUACUUGUACCUGUUAAAGCUAAACAACUUCCAAUCCUCCUAUCCUCGACCACCAGAGGAACAGGAAAAGGAAGGCGAUGCCAUACUAAGUGCCCAUCCCAUCAUGACAAGUCGGAACAUCAGCUUCAAGUGGCGGGAAAAUGGAAAACACUGCCACUUGCCCGAACGUAUGGACACUGUUCGUUAUGAGCUUUUCCCUUUGUCCAUGGAGUUUGGGAACCAGGAAAAAGACGAAGAAUGCCUAGUCGUUCAUUUUCUCAGCUCUGCCACCCGGGAUGAAUACCUUGAGAAGUUCACCACUUUACGUUCUCAGAAUAAUGACAGGCUUUCGUUAGUUGCUCGGCAGGAACCAGAAGGUGCCAACGAGGACAACGAUGUUGAAAUCAACAAACCGGCAGCCUCUUCAGCGGGUAACCAAUCUCCUAUGAUAAACAAAGAUUUCCUUACUAUCAAUUAUAAGAAUACCUCGGCCAAUAAUACCACGGCCUCAACACCGGAAAUGGAAACGUCUGAAAGGUUGCGCAAUUACCAAGAAAUACGUAGUCCAACCUUUACCCUGCCUUCUGAGGAACAGCUGAAUUAUUUGACUAAAUGCAACCAGUUAUAUAAAUUGGUGAAGGGCAGGUCGGCCUGUCUGGAAGCCUUGGGCAAAAUGGAUGGUCGAGAACUGGUUGAAUAUUUUCACUUGAACAUUGCCCAUGUUGGUUAUGACUGUGAGGAGGUGCUGUAUGUUGUCUGGGCCGAUAUUGUUCCUUACAAGAACCCCGACCAAGUGAUAACGUCCCUUGUGAUUUUGACCUCAAAAGCUGUCUAUUGUAUUUCUGACGCCAAAGUGGAAAUGCCACCAAAAGUCAAACGAAUGUGGAUGACCCACUGCCGGCAUAAAUCAGACUCUGCUAUUGCAUUUCUCCAGACUGACUUACGAAACGACGAUCACCACUGUGCUGGAAUUCUGCAUCGUGGUGGUUGUCAGCAUGCCAAAGUUCCCCGGGCCUUUAUCAUCAUUCCGCUUUCCGAGCUUGUGCAGAUCAACAUUGGAAUGUUCGACCAGUGUUUGCGCCUUACUGGCCCCAGCGAAAACUCUGUCUGUACAAUUGUGACUCGAGAAUGUGCUGCCACGGAGACAUUCCUUCAGAUCAUUUCCUCUGCCCUCUCCUCGCAUGUCGUGACCUCUGCUGACACACCGUCUGAUUCAGAGGUGGACUUCUACAGCCUGGUGACCAAGACCCGCUCCAGCACGGAAGGCAUUGAGUACAUUCACCCAAGCAAGGUCCGUUUCUGCUAUCCUGGUGAAGAAACCAUAUCGGACAUUAUGUACAUCAUCUCUGACAUUUCCAAAGAAGACCUCUCUUCGAAAGCCCCCUACCUCAUCUGGGUCUACAUUCUGGGCUUUCAGAUCCCCACAGAGUCGUCUGAUUUGUCCAAAGUGGUCACUGAGGCAUUGCCGCGUACAGUCAUUUUGACUAAUCGACACUUCUGUCUUGCGGCCGAAGAUCUUGUCAGCUAUCCUCUGCCAGAAUUUGCCCGAGGACUGCCAGACAAGCCACGGCACCGAAUUCUUGAGGUCCGCAAGAUCGAGUACCUGAAACGGAUACUAGUUGAGCAGGAGCCUCACAAAUGCCUUACUCUCGUGUUUUCUGAUGAGGACGACGAGAUUGAGGUGGACACCUCAUUUGAAUAUUACAGCCCCAAGGAGGACCUGAAGGGCCGUAAGUCUCCCCCCGAGGUCAGUCUACGUCUCCUUUUUCAGUAUGGUAAGGAGGAGGCCAAACUGUUGCAGAUGCUCAAACAUCAGUGGGGUGAGAUCCACUUGGUUGAUGAUCUGCCAGUGCAUAUGAUGGCUUGA